UUUCAAAUAUUUAAUUAUAACGGCCAUUCUCCUACAUCUCUAUUGUUCACAUAUUCAUCUAAAUACAUAUAUAUUUUAUUUAACAUAUCAUGCCACAAACUACACAUGGAAACCCCUUUGAAACUAACAUUUUGGUCAAAUGUGAACAACGCAGUGACAUGCUGAAAUCGUUUUUCGUCCACGAACUGCCGCCCAACUGUACCAUCUCGCAUCUCCGCGAGAGAAUCGCUGAAGUCGAAAUCCCCUUUAGUGACUGGGAGAUGGCAUUCCAAAAUCCUCGCUCCGCGCACAAAAAGUCUUUUAAAAUUCUCAACAGCAAAAAAUCGUUUCAGGACUAUGAUAUCCAGUGCUGGGACUGUAUUUAUGUAAGGCCACGCUCCGAGUCCUGUGCGCCUGUAUCUGCUGGAAGCACGCUGUAUCUGGCUAAUAUUUGCCGCGGUAUUGCGCACAAGCUGGCAUCGCUUGGGAAGUUUAUUGUGUACAAAAAGGCACGUAAUAGCAAAGGCAACUACUCUAAAAGAGAGUUGGAUAAUGGGGUGUUGCCUGUUAGGCCUAUAUUUUUAGCAUCGUCGAGCUCGCUAGCAUCCGUGUCCAAUGCUGGCAGACAGCUGCAGUCCAGCAAGCAGGUGGAGGAAACUCAUUGUAUUUCAGUGUAAAGGCAAACAAAACCCAGCGAAUUAAGCAUGGCAAGUCUUUUUUGAUUAAAUUAUUUUUCUCUGUUUACUAUUAUUUAUAAACCUAUUACUGCAAGUAAAUAAACCUGCAAAAGUCAUAAUCAUUAUACAUCAAAAACCCUUUUUUAG